CCCGACACGUGUCCACAAUGGGUUAAUCAGUUGACGUCUCUCAGUUGAGAGUCCCUCGCAGGCGCUAAAUCUGAAGAGCACUUCAAAGAGGGAUUCACAUCACAUCACCACACACAUACACGCUCACAAAUCAAAAUACAGAGGAACAAACUAAGAAAUUGAGCUUUUGGUAAAAUAACGACUCUACUUUGAGGCUGUAUAAAACUUUAAUCAGAACAAACAGUCAUAAACAAGAAGACACGCGGCGGACUGCGCGAGCGAGGAGUCGCAUCAAUCACGCAAAAUGCUGCGAGGCUUCACACCUUCGCACUGAUCGGACUCGUUCAGCGCGUUUCGUAAGUCAUCGCUGCGUUCCGUCGAUCUAUUGAACGGUCACCCGGACACUACUUUCCAAUAAAACCUAUUUCACAAACAGCUUUUCCUGUCCCGAGCACAUUUAUCAGUAUCACUGACGCCUUCGGGACCUUCUCCAGCUGUGCCGUCAAAAACCCCCGCUGGUUUCCGUCACUUUUCAACAUGAUCAACACCUUUUGCCAAGGGUAGCUGAGAGCAAUGGCACCUUCUUGUAAACCCUGUGAACUGGAUAUUUGCUUCACCCACCUCAAGUAAGAGUCAAAAGACAAUUUUCUGUAGUCAAGAUGCAGAUUCUUUCAGCUGUUUUGCUGCUGUUCUGUUUGCACAAGUGUUGUUGGAAGGUCACAUGCAGAAGAGUCCAUAUUCCAGAGGUGGGGCUCGUGGACUGGGGGGAGACUGAAAACGAAGACCACCCCUCCCCCAAAAGCGUAAGCCCCCGCGUUCUCAACCCCCUGCGCCUUUUUGCCCGGGGAUCCCCUGGGUUUAAGAGCAACAGGAGGGAGAUUACAUAUUUGGAAAACAUCGAGGACCCUUGGGACUGGUUAUCUAACCAGACAGAUGUCAGAGAGGCACAGAGCAGGACUAAACGCAGACCCAUCGUGAAAACGGGCAAGUUUAAAAAAAUGUUCGGCUGGGGGGACUUCAACUCCAACAUCAAAACUGUGAAACUCAAUCUCCUCAUUACAGGCAAGAUAGUGGACCACGGCAACGGCACAUUCAGCGUUUAUUUCCGCCACAACUCCACGGGCCUAGGAAACGUCUCUGUAAGCCUGGUGCCGCCUUCCAAGGUGGUGGAGUUUGAGAUUGCCCAGCAGUCCACCCUGGAGACGAAGGACUCAAAAUCUUUCAACUGUCGCAUCGAGUACCAGAAAACAGACCGCAGCAAAAAGACUUCACACUGCAGCUAUGAACCGUCCAACACGUGUUACCAAGAGUCCACCCAGAGCCACGUGUCCUGGCUCUGCUCGAAGCCCUUCAAAGUCAUAUGCAUCUACAUCGCCUUCUACAGCACUGACUACAAACUGGUGCAGAAAAUCUGCCCCGAUUACAACUACCACAGUGACACGCCGUACGCAUCCACAGGUUAAGAUCCAGUCCAUCCUGGACAGUGAGAAUGGUCAACCUCAUUUUCACCAUGUGUUUCAUCCGAUUUAAAAGCAAUUCAAAUAAAUCCAUAUGUUUCGCAUUAGGCUACACUACUGGCAUUGCCUUGGCCUAUUGUGAUACAGCAGUCACGAAGUUUGAUGGCAAAAUAACUGAUCAGCGCUUUUGUUUUUGGCUUUAACCGUCUCACAUCCAUCCCACGGUUCGAGUUCCAAUGGGAAUUUGUUUUCCGAAAACAGACCAUAUUUCGCGAUCUGUCAAGCUAAUAAUUCACAGAACUACAGAAGAUAAAUUAUACGCGAAACACCUUUUUAUUGUGAGGUUUGUGUGUUUGUGUGUGCGUGUUUUAUUGAGCAAUGGGGCCUCUUGUUCAGCACUAAAUUGUUUAAAGCAUUUAUGCAGUUGUCAAGAUAAGUGCGAACGGGUUAAAUCAUUCAGCAAAGACAUCACUUACAAAUUACUCUUAGUUAUUUCGCAUUUCACAAAAGAUCUGUGUGUGAAUUGAGAUUUGUGUAUAAUUUCAAAGAGUAAUGUGCCAUGUCUCACGAGAGCACAAUUCAUUGGACAGGUGGAUUUAGUGAAUCUGGCAGCCGGUUAACAACCCUUUGUCAUGGUCUCGCCACAGAGAUCCACAUUUGCAGGCUCUAAUUAACAUUAAUUAUAGUGGGAAAUUUCACUUACAAACCAUGACAGAGGGGCCCGGAGCCAAAAACUGAAAUUUAGCAUGUCAGUCAUGUAGCAAACCUCUAUUCAAGCCAGUGACUUUGGACUGGAAUCAAACUCUUUUGUGUCAAAGUGAAAAAAAGUGUCAGGAGUAAAUACAGGCAUUUAUGCAAACGUACACGAGGGGAAUUUAAUACAAUUUGUGAGUCCACCUUGUAUGGAGUCUUUCAUCAUUUAAAACAGAAUAUGGAGAGUGUUUGAAGGAAUUAUUUUUGUUUGCACAUUAUAGUCUAAAUGUCAGUGUGUCUCAAUGAACCAGUUGAAAUGCCAUAGUCUGAUAAUCAGAACUGGAAUUCUCAGGUUCCAUGUGUGUGUGUGUGUGUGUGUGCCAAACAGAUUAUGGCCGUUUAUUUCAUGAAGGUUUAUUUUGCAGUUCUGCUCAAAUUGAAGAAUCAGAUGGAUAAUUAAUUGUACCGAUACUCUAAUUGUCUUGCCACAUGAACAUCCACAUCAAGAACAUGUCGAUACAAAGAUAGCUGUUUAUAAUUGUAUUUAGUUUAUAAUCCUGCGUGCAAUUUUGUGAAUAGUGUAUAAAUGUGACUAUAAAACCGUGUGUAUUUAGACUUUAAAGGAUGAAUUUGUUUCUUUAAUCUUUCAAUCCAGCAUUGAUCAGUUUUUCCUACUUUAGGUGUUUGACAGUUAUAUCAAGUAGAAGUAGAGUUGAGCCAUCUAGCUUGUUACAGUUUUAUUUUUUAGCAAACUGUACUCUUUAUCUGUAAAAAUAAAAUAAAAAAAUAAAAAUACCUGUGAACUCCAGUUUUUUUUUAACCCUCUAUGGCAUGCAUUUGCACUGAUUUGCUACGAAACCAUUUUUGCUUAGAAAUUAUUAGUAAAUUUCACAAAGACAAGUAACACAUUGAAAUAAAUUAUUUUCAAGUAAAAAAUCCACAGUGUGGAUCAUUUUUUAAAUCUUUUAUUAAACACAUUUAUACUUCAAUAUUUCUCUAAAAACAAGUUUGUUCUCUUUCAGUAAAGCAGUUUAUAGAGCUCUUCGAUGUGCCUCCCUGUGGGUGAGAAAAUCAAAUGUCACGUUGCUUAAAAAGAUUAUAUUGUUGGUUUCUUUUUAAAAUGUCCUUUUAUUUCAAACAUCGUCAUAGUUCAUUUUUUCAGUAAAGGAAAAAUGAUGCUGCCAUAGAGGGUUAAUUUAUUGUUUUUAAACAUGAAGCAUAUCCAGACAGUAUAUGAGAUUUGUAGUGAAACAUCUGCAUAUCUGCCGUCGUUUUUAUGACCGCAUAAAGCACUGAUUCUUCAAUCAGUAAAAUCUCCUGCAAAAUCACAUUACAUCCUGUGAUAUGUGCUACAUUUCAUUAAGCUCUAGUACAUGGUCAUAUUCAAUAAAAAGCUUUCUGAUGUACAGACCCGUGUUGCAUUAUUUUAUGUGCAUAUGAAAACGAUGGCCUCUUCCUCAAAUGUUAACCUUUUGUUUCUUUCAGAAUGGAUUGUCAUGUUUUUGGCUUUCAACACUGACGGCCUCCCACCAUCCGAUUCACACAGAACAAAAGAAAAGAACAAAAAGACAAAACUGAAUUGCCCUAUGAUGGAAAAAAGAACAACUGUAUGAAUUUGCAAUGUCUCAUUAGCUCAGUGGUGCACUUAAAAAUUGUCUUCCAGAUAGACAGGAGUGGGAGAGAGGUUUUCUAAUAGUGAGAUGUUAUCACAGAGUUCCCAAGGAGCCGAAGAAAAUGUUCGGCAUGAAGCGGCAUGUUGGCACGGGAAAAAGAUGCGUGUUUGAUAGCUCGGAUUACGGACUGCAUGCUGUUCGCUUUAAUUAGCCCCGAUUUCCUCAUCAUGGAGGGUGUGAGAGCAAUACGCUGCAACUGCUGCAGACAAGAGACCACA